UUAUUUCUUUUAAAUGAAUAGAUCUUUUUAGCAUCAAAAUGUCUUCAUUGUUUUUACAUUUAGGCAAAAGCUGUUCAUGAAAUUAGUAAAGUAGGACAUGCAUCAUGGAACAAGCUCAGUGCAAAUCUGGUGACACCAACCUUUAGCCACGUCUCAGAGUCACUUGCAGCUUUCCAGUAGCACGUCUGUGCUGCCUUCCCUUCAGAGAGAGAAAUUGCUUCUAGAUCAUACAGUGUUAUUUGCAAUAUUUGUAGAAUUUUAUGAAUGUUGUAAGUGAGCAAUGAAAAUAUCCUGUUUGCUAAAAAGCCAUCACUUAAUUUGGACUCAGGUAGACAGAGCAAACUCACGCACUCAGGUGUACUGCCGAUGCUGCAUCUUCCAUAUAGUGACUGUCAGGCACUUCCAGGGGAAUAAAAUUGAAGCAGCUGCUAAAACCUCACAAUUCCUAGAGCUAAAACAUGAGCCCUCUUGGAUGUGACACAAAAGGAACUAAAAUGUGUGUUUAAGCCUGUCUUUUCAAGCUGCUUUUUUUUUCUAAUUUAGCAACAGAAACUUUACAGACAAAUGAAUAGAAGUUGUGUAUUCAUGAUCUGGGCAGAAUGGCCAAAUAGGAAACUGUAUAGGGAAAAAAAAAUAUCUUUUUGUUUUCUCUCCUUCUGCAGCUUUGAAAUGCAGCAAGUCUGGUGGAUUUGGUAACACUAAUACAAAACUGGAAAGUGGAGAGACGAGAAGCAAGUUUCAUUAACAGGGAGAAUUCUACAUAAAAUAUACUGGAGUUGAUGGAGGAAAGGAAGAGACAGCCAAGAUGUUCAGCUGCAAGUGGAGUCCAAUUUGAUGCUCAGCAUGAGUUUAAAGGGAAGAUUUUCUCAGCCUUAAAAUAAAAGAGCAGCAUUGGCUGCGUACGGGGCAGAAAACUGUCGUCACAGAAAUGGAUUGUGCCGGGCUUGGGAAAAGCGAGAGUGGCAAAAGUAGCUCAUUUUGCUGUGCUACAUUUAUAGAUGUGCUCAUUUCAAUGCUCCCAGGAGGACCAGCUUUCUGCGUCCAGAAAAAAUUAUACAGGCAUCCCACCACGCCAUAUCCCGGUGCUAAAACCUCAGCAUAAAGGAGAUCCACCAUGGCUUAGCUGGGAAUUCUGCCUUUGGAUUUUGGGGAGCAGACCUGAUUUCCUGCCAGCAGAUCUGUUGCUGUCUUUCAUUUCUUAUAGGAUCAGGCCUCUGACAUGAACAAAUUGCUAACAUCAAGGACCUGAUCCUGCUUCCACUGAAAUCAAUACAAGUUUUGUCAUUGGUUUCAAUGGGAUCAAGGAUUCAAUCCCACCGUUUUUGAAGUCAAUAGGGUUGGGGUUUUCUCUGAAUAAGCAAGGUUGUGUUGAUACUGCAGAAUGGGCCUAAAUUAUAUUGAUUAUUUGGAUGUAAACCCAAGCAUAAAAACAGGAUUAGGGGAAAAAAGGGAAAUGUAUAAGAAAGUGAGUGUAGAGCAGCAUCCAUUUGCAGCGUGCAGCAGGUCAGCAGGAGCCCAGCUGGAGCAAAGGCUGCAGUGGCACAGCACCAGGGAACAAGUCCACUGGAAAAUUUUGGGGGGAAGAGAGAGAAGAAAUUCAUCCUUUUUCGUCUGCUUCUUCUAAUGCAAACCUUUGUGUCACUCCUCCUUUAUUAAAAAUAAACAAAACAUCAACAGAAGAAAUUAUUAUCACAUAUACACACACAAUAGUUGGUUCUGCUUCUUCUCUGCUCUUUCUUUUCCCACUUCUCUGAUACAGGGUUGUUCUGUGUUUCUGUAACAGCUACUGGCAAAUCAGAAUUUAUUGUACAUAUGUUUGUGUUCCACUUAAUAAAAAAUAUACUUAUAUUUUCAGAUAAACUUUGUUAGUAAUUCAUGAGGUAAGUGACUAUUUAUGCUAAUAAGGGAGAAAUAUAUUCUCAAGCAUAAUGCAUUACAUAAAUUUGAAUGCAAAAUGUUCAAUUAUGAAGUAAAUACAGGUAAUGCAAACAGUAAAUUACAUCCAAUAAAAAUAUAUAAAGAAUGUGUCUUCAAAGAGAGAGAGGCUUUUAUUUGCAUCUGUGAGUUGUUUAAAGAGAAAAGAAUUAAUAAAUACUGAAUUACUCUUAUGAUGAUUUAGCUCAUAAUUCAGCAAUCCAUAACGACUCCCAGUAAUCAGACUGUUGUUUCAGACCCUCCAAUAUAAGGCAGGACUGUUUCCUCAGCAAUUUUAUCCCUACCAGAUUAUCUCAUCUGAUUCUAUUAAUUCUCUCCCAUAAAUCUGCUAACAGUGAUAUGUGAUUUACUUACCCUGUUAACUGAUCUGAAGACUGUUAAAAGGAUUUAUCUAGCACUGCACCUAGGAGCAGUUUAUGCCUUAUCACUCUGUUACCCUGAAGAAGUCUUUCUGAAAUCAAUUUGGCUGGUUUCAUAGUUAAAUUCAGCGGGCACUGUUUAGUUCUGCACCAUAAAAUAAGACACUAGAUAAACAAAAGGAGCAGUAACUGUACUUAAUGUGUUGCUCUUGAUACGUGUUUAAGUCAUAACGAAUUGCUCAGUGAGUCCAUAUAACACAAGAGCUGCACGCUCGCUCCUGCUGGAUGUGGAGUGUGGGACAGGCACAGGCGCUCCAGCAGCGCAAGUUCUGUCUCUGCUGCUGCCUGCUCUGCACACACCGACCCCAGAGGCUCUGGAGUUAAUGUUUCACAUCCCCCUGCACGGCCUGUCAGGAAACUCUCCCACAAUAAAUAUACAUUAGUUUGGAGGCUCAUGAAGCAGGUCAGCAGCACACUGGGAGCGAGCAGGGCUCCGCGGGUACGUCGUCAAACGGAGAUGCUUGAAAACAGACCAGAGCAAGAGGCUGGGAGAGGGACAGAGGAGUUUUCCCUCUGCCUGGCUCGGGGCAGGAUUGUUACAAACAGUGCUGGGAAAAGGGAGCAGUCUGGGGGAAUUGGCCUGCGAUAAUUGUGGAAAAACUGGAGACUGAAUAGCUCUAAUUGAAAUGAAAGUGUGUGAUUGUUAUGGAAGAAACACUGUUAAUAGAGGACUGUAAAUGUUUAGACACCCAUUGUGAAUAGCCAAAUAAUAAAGAAAAAUACUACUAAACCGAGAAUUAUAUACUGUAGGGAGGAGAAUGUUGCUUCUGAAGGUUAUCCAAAAAUUGCUAAUAAUCUUUUUUCUCUGCUUCACUGAACAGUAGAGACAUUUUGGUGCAGCAGUUCUGUGUAACAAUCACACAAGAACAAUAUUGUACAACUAAUAAUUUUACUCGCUGUUCUGGUAGGUCAGAGCUUCAAUUAAUUUGCAGUGCUUGCUUACAUUGAUAUCAAUUAAGAGAUGGUCCCCAUUAGCUCACACAAUUUCAUACUCUUUGUCUAGAGUUCAGAGUUUACUCAGGAAAUUUACUCGUUUGCAAAUGUAGCACUUUGAAUCUUCACAUCCAAACAAACUAUUUUAUGGGGCUGGAGCCACAUUUCCGCAGCCAUCCACCACACGGCCUAGGGAAAUACUACAGCCGUACAUUCUGAAAUGCAAUAACCGUUUCAUUUUAAAAUAUUAGCACACACUUUAUGUCUCUCACAGGUAAGCAUGUUAAGGGAUAUAUAGUGCCACAUUCAUCUUGCUCAGGAGAAAAAAAAAAUACUGGGAAUUGGCCUGUCCUGGGGGGAUUUAUGCUAUGAGCCUGAAGUUUUGUUGAUUCCAACAAAGUGAAGAAAUAAAAAAGUCAGCCCGAGCAGUUAACUUGCAUUAACUUUGCCAUGGAUCGCCAUCUGUAAGAUAAAGCUGCAGAUGUGCAUGGCUCUGUGUGUGCGGGUGUGUUGUGGGACAGUGCACAAAUGUAUUUUAAUUCUCUUAUAAAUGUUGGUAGCAUUUUUUAUCUUUACAGAAUUGCCACUGUGACAAUUUCUAGAUCUAGUUAUCUUCCUAAACUCGCAGUAUGCCCUACCCCUUUCAGCUGCCAGGAACAGUACAUGCUGUAUGACUUUCAGAUGUUAGUACUGGCACUCACACUGAUAAUGGCAUAGUCAGAAGAUGUUAUCCAUUCGUAAAUCCACUCGCCAAGUGAUAUUUCCUAAGCAGAGAUUCUUUGGCUAUUGCAAAUGAUGACUUUCACAGUCGGUGAAAAAUCACCCAGAGCCCUGCCCGCACCUACAGAGUGAUACCCUGAGCGGGGUUAUAAAUAGCAAACUCCAGGGGGGAAGGGACCGGGCUAGGGGAGAAGAGAGGAUUUGAAGUACAAUGUUCAAGAAGCAGGUUUAAUAUAUGACCAAGUGUCAGAAGUCAGGUUUCUGAGAAUUACUUUUCAGAUAAACAACUUUAUAGCACCGCACUUAAUCUUACUUACUAGAGACAUCUCAUUUAUCACGGAAUUACAAGUAACUUUAAUUCUAUCGAUAUUCCCAUAAAGCCCGGUCGGAAAAUCGAGCCUGGCAGCCCCGGAGGCUGCGGGUCUCCCCGGCCCGCGAUGGGACACGGCGGGCGCAGCCGGGGCCGGGCGGGACCGCGGCGGCUGCGGGGGCGGGCGGGACGCGACGGGGGUGCCCGUCCCGUCCUGUCCCGUCCCGGCCCGGCCCGGCCCGGCGCUCGGCACUGACCUGCGGACGAGAGAUGGCGCUGUCGAGGUUCGAACCGAGCCGCUCCGCCGCUCCGCUCCGCUCCAGCCGCCGCCGCUCCUCGGCCCCCGGACCGGCCCCAGCCCCCUCCCGGAGGGGAAGGGGGACUGGGGAGGGGGGGAGGCGAAAGUAAAUACAAUUAGUUCUAAAUGUAUUAAAUUAAUUAGUCCUGGCCGGCACGCCGAGUGCGGCGGGAGGGGGUGCGGGGUUUGCAAACUUGCGGGGCUCCGGGCGGGCGGAGGGGAUGGAGGGAUCGAUGCCCCAUCCCCGUAACAAAAUAAUCAAUAAGUGAGCGGGGCGCUGCGGGGGCGCGGAGCGAUGACCCAGGCCGGCACCGGGGCAGGGCCGCCCGCAGGUACCCGCGCCGUCCCGGCGGAGCCCCGCGCUGGCUCCGCGCUGCCCGCUCCCUCCCGGCGCUGCCCGCUGCCCCGCGGUACCGCUCGGCGCUCCCCUCCCUGCUCCCGGCCGCACGGAGCUCCCCGCGCUCUGGGCGCCGCGCCGGGCUCGGCAUCAGCUCCCGGGCACUGCGCCCCGCGCAGAGCGCUCGGCUCGGGCGCGCACGGUGCGGUGCGGGCGGAGCGGGCCGGCGGUGGCCGGGCCGGGCCGGGCCGAGCCGAGCCGAGCCCGGGCGCGGUGCCGGCGGCCAGGAGGGGGUUAAGCGGGCGCUGACAGUCAGCUGAGCCCUGACUGACAGCCCGCAAAGUUUCCCUGUCGCUAGACUCCUAUGCUAAUGAGGCCGGGCGGCGCGCGCCCAUUGGCCCGGCCCGGAGCCCGUGUCCCGCCUGACGUCACGGGCGCUAUAAAACUCCGCAAUGCUUUAAACUCUCCUGCCGGAUCAAACCUUUAAAUAUUUUUCAUCUUCUUGCUGUAGCUUUGAGGCCGAGUUGUUUUUUUUUUUCUCCCUCUCUCUCUCUUUUUUUUUUUUUUUUAACUCUUAUUAUUUUUGUUGCGAUACAGACUUAGAUUUUUUUUUUUUUUUGCCUUCGCUCUCUUUCCCUCCUCCCUCCCCCGAUGAACCUCUCUCCUCGCUCUGCACUUUGCACGAGAGAGCCCAGAGGAAAGGCACCAUGAAGUGUUAAAAAUAACAAAACAAAACAACAACAACAACAACAAAUUUACUCGCAACAACACCAGCUAACACUUCCAGCUGCGGUUCGCGAGCUGCGAAAGAGAGCGAGAGGAGAGAGAGAGAGAGAAGGGAGGGAGAGAGGAGGAAAAAAAAAAAAAAACCCUCUAUGCAAAAGGCGAAUAGCGAGAGCCCCGCGCUCUGAUGCAUCAGCGGAGCCUCUGCGAGGGAUAACGCGGAGCGGGAGAGGAGCCGCCGGGGCGGACCGGAGCGGAGGCAGAGCAGGAGAGCGGAGCGGAGCUCGCCAAAAAUCAAGCUGGCUCACCCGGUGGCGACUCAGAGCAGCCCCCUCGCUCCCGGAGCGCACCCUUUCUGGAGGACUCUCGGCAGCAAAAGGAUGGCAUCAGAGCUGGCGAUGAGCAGCUCCGACCUGCCCACCAGUCCCCUGGCCAUGGAAUAUGUUAAUGACUUCGAUCUGAUGAAGUUUGAAGUGAAAAAGGAGCCGGUGGAGACCGAUCGCAUUAUCAGCCAGUGCGGCCGCCUGAUCGCCGGGGGAUCGCUCUCCUCCACCCCGAUGAGCACGCCCUGCAGCUCCGUGCCCCCGUCCCCCAGCUUCUCGGCGCCCAGCCCCGGCUCCGGCUCCGACCAGAAGACCCACCUGGAAGACUACUACUGGAUGACGGGGUACCCGCAGCAGCUCAACCCGGAGGCGCUGGGCUUCAGCCCCGAGGACGCGGUGGAGGCGCUGAUCAACAGCAGCCACCACCCGCUGCCCGGCGCCUUCGAUGGCUAUGCUAGAGGGCAGCAGCUGGCCGCGGCCGCCGGCGGCUCCGUGCCGGCCGAGGAGAUGGGCUCGGCGGCCGCCGUGGUGUCGGCGGUGAUCGCCGCGGCGGCGGCGCAGGGCGGCGCGCCCCACUACCACCACCACCACCACCACCCGCACCACGGCGGCGGCGGCGGCGGCGGCGGCGGCGGCGGGCACCCCCACGCCGCGGCGCCGGGCAGCGCGCCGCCCUCCUCCGCCUCCUCGGCCGCCGGCUCCGGCUCCGGCGGCGGCGGCGGCGGCGGCGCCGGGGGGCUGCACCACCCGCACCACGGCGGCGGCGGCGGCGGCGGCGGCCUCCACUUCGACGACCGCUUCUCCGACGAGCAGCUGGUGACCAUGUCGGUGCGGGAGCUGAACCGGCAGCUGCGGGGCGUCAGCAAGGAAGAGGUGAUCCGGCUGAAGCAGAAGAGGAGGACCCUCAAAAACAGGGGCUAUGCCCAGUCCUGCCGCUUCAAGAGGGUCCAGCAGCGGCACGUCCUGGAGUCGGAGAAGAACCAGCUGCUGCAGCAAGUGGAGCACCUAAAGCAGGAGAUCUCCAGGCUGGUCCGGGAGAGGGACGCCUACAAGGAAAAGUACGAGAAGCUGGUCAGCAAUGGCUUCAGAGAAAACGGAUCCAGCAGCGACAACCCUUCCUCUCCAGAGUUUUUCAUGUACCCGAGAGAAUCCUCUACAACGGUGAUGUGAAAAUCCCUGUUACCUGAGGUCAAAAAUAGAAGUCUCCCAGAAGACCCGGAGUGGUGGCGCCUGGAUGCAGAGGAGACCACACUGCUUAUAAAUCCACACCAUGAGGAGGCCAAAGGUUUCUGCAGCAGCAGGAGGUAAGCCAGGACUGCUGGUGGGUGUAAGGAGCAGAGAGCAAAGCCACGUGAGUUUGAGAAGAAGGCAGCAGCACCCUUGAGGAUGGAGACUUUGGGGCAGUGUCACGGUCCUGUACAGAAAACUUGAAGAGACACUGAAAACUUCAGGUGGGAACACACCACCCAAACAGCUGCUUGUGGGGUUUGGUCCCUGGACCUUUGGGGUCUGCACACCAGAGACCGAAAACUCUUGACUGACCCCAUAUUUCCUCUUUGUGGACUUCUGAUGUGAUAGGAAUGGCACAAAAAUAUCCAAUGUGUCUUCUUCACCAUAAUGUUUCCAGCCUGCUAACUUUCCCAGGACUACUUUCUGCUCAAAUUACUGGAACUUAAUUACAUGAGGUUUAAUUUCAGUUGCUUGGCCAGCUUUAAAAACAUAUAUUCAAAUUUGAACCACAAGGACAGAAUUUUGGGAGCCUCUUUGUCCUCUCACUUUGUGUUAAUUUAAAUGAGGAAACUGUUCCUGUGAAUCUCUGCUUUACUUCACCUAUUCCAAGUCAAUCUCAGUUCUGGAGAGACAUCCCUGUCUCCCAGCAGUUUAAUGGAGAGCACAAACAACCCCUUAUGUUAUAGUUUAUGUUUUCAAAACUGUGCAAACAGAAGAUAUUUGUCUCCUGCUUAUGUAUUUUCUUGUAAAUAAAAUGUAUUGAAACCAGAGAUGGAGUUACACUACUUUACAGCAGAUAAUGUAUUGAUAUUUUACAAGCAAGUGUUGUAUUAUCCAUACAUUUCACAAGUAGAUCUUACAAUGUUUAAUUAUAACAAAAAAAAAAAAAAAAAAAAAAAAGGAAGUGGAAGGAGAAUCAAGGGAGGAACAUGGAGAGAGAAUGCAAAAGAACAUGAAUGGGAAGUGGUGGAGUUGGAGGAAAACAGCACCUAUCAAGGCAUUAUCUGAGAAUUCCUAUGAUUAGGACUUAUCUUUCUGGCUUCAUUACUUCAUUAUAAUCUGCUGUUUACCUGAUAAGUAAUAAAUGGCCUUCAAAUGUUAUUGCAUUUGCUCACUUUCUUCAGAUUUUGCAUCAGUUUGUUCCCCUCUUAAGAUCUUAUUUCUGUUAAGGAAUGAAGAUUUUAUGGUUUUAUUGGGGUUGAUUUUUUCCUCUGGAACUUCAGUGCUGUUAUUUAGGCCCCACAGCAAUUCCUUGGAUAACACUUCCAUCUAUCACAUUGGGAUGAUCAAGGAUGCAUUGCAGCUGAUGUUUAAACACUGUUGUGUAUCUGGAGCCCACCUCCAACUCAGCAGAUACAAACCUCUCCAAAAAGCCAACAAAAGAGGGCUUUUUUUAAACACUCCAGCCCGCUAGUGGAUUAUCCUUAAUGGGUUGGCAGCAUGCCCCUUCCUUCCUCUGCAGGAAUGCUGGCCUGGCCCUGCAGCCCUGGGUUUGGGCUUUGGUGGUUUUGUUUUACUUUUAUUUUUAUUUCUGUGUUACAGCAGGCAGAAGAAACAAAGUGUAAGACUGAUUUGUAA